GUCCACGUCAACCCCGUCUCACGAAGCCCUUGUGCAGAAGGUUUCUGGAAGAAGCGACCCAGAUCUCUCUUGCAGCAAACGUUUCAAUCUGCUCUUGGAAAGGUGCAUUCGAGUGCAGAAGAAAGCAGAAAAGCAGAGGGGAACGAGGCCAGCAGUCUCACCACUGCGCUUAUUAUGGCGGCCACAGCAAGCUUGCAGGGGCACCUCCUGAAGAACGCCAGCCUCUGGAGCACAGGAUGCCCGUGCACUGACAUCAGCAAGGCUCCUAUCCGCGCGGCCAUUCCUCUGCACUCCUCGUCCAAGUGUGCUCUUCCGUCUUUCAAAGCUUUUAGCGGAAAGCAGCUGAACAUUACAAAAGUGCAGCAAAAACAUUUUGGAAGGCAACCGUUGAACAUCCUUGCAGCUGUUGGUCCAAAUGCAGGCACGUACGAUCCUGCAGACCCCAAUGCUGAGCCUGGUCAGACCGCUAUCGUAGUUGCAGAUGAGUUCCCUCCUGCAGACACAGUGCCGUCUGACGUGGAACCGAUCGAGGGGAGUGAGGUCACCAAGGGUCCCACUGAGCUCAGCACCAAGGAUCUCAAACAGCAGCUGGUCGAUACGUUGUACGGGACAGACAGGGGUCUGAGAGCGAGCAGCGAGACCAGGGCUGAGAUCACAGAGAUCAUUAGCCAACUAGAGGCGGCCAACCCGAACCCUGCGCCGACAGAGAAACUGGAGCUCCUCAAUGGAAAGUGGAAUCUGGCUUACACAAGCUUCUCGGAGCUGUACCCCCUCCUGGCCGCCAGCAACCUGCCCGGAAUCGAGGUCGGUGAGAUCUCCCAGUCCAUUGACACGUAUGGAUUCACGGCCACCAACGCAGUGCAGUACAAGGGACCCCUGGGCUCCAACUCGUUUAGCGUCACCGCAGCGAUCGAGGUCCGCUCGCCGAAGAGGAUUCAGAUCCGCUUCGAGGAGGGCACCAUCAACACCCCCAACUUCAACGACGGCUUCCAGUUCCCCAAGGCGCUCGGCGUCUUCGGCCAACAGUUGGACAUCAGCCCACUGGACACGCUGACCAAGCCCCUCCAAGACGCGGCCGCCAGCGUUGCACGUAUGAUCUCCGGACAGCCGCCGCUCAAGUUUCCGAUCAGGAACGGGGCGAACUCGGAUUCGUGGUUGCUGACCACGUACCUAGAUGAGGAUCUGAGGAUCUCGCGGGGCGAUGGGGGCGGUCUGUUUGUGUUGCUCAAGGAAGGCACGAUGCUGAGUUGAUGAUGCGUGAGUUUUACAUGUGCUCUCGUGUUGUCAGGUAUGCUUGAGACUGCAAUAGGACUCUUGAAGAUCUGAUGGCAUAGGACAGAUGAAGCGCCAUUGAGUGUACAGAAUAAGAAGGUUCUGCAUAAUAAGUUGGUCCGCAAGGUAGUCUGAUCGCCUGACGACCAUCAAUAGAAACCGCAUCGUUCUGUGUCUGCUUAGCUCCAUGAGUUUUGGGUACCGUUUAUCCAAUUGCAUGCACUCAUG